ACGCAGACUGCUUCUACAAACAUUUGUGAAAGAAUGUGUUGCUCUCAGGAGCUCAGUGAAUUCAAGCGUGGUACAGUGAAAGGUUGCCACCUGUGCAAUAAGUCCAUCCGUGAAAUUUCCUUGCUACUAAAUAUUCCACGGUCAACUGUUAGUGGUAUAAUAACAAAGUGGAAGCAACUGGGGAACAACAGCAACCCAGCUAUUAAGUGGUAGGCCACAUAAAAUGACAGAGUGGGUUCAGCGCAUGCUGAAGUGCACAGUGCGCAGACAUUGCCAGCUGUCUGCAGAGUCAAUAGCUAAAGACCUCCAAACUUUGUGUUACUUUCAGAUUAGCACAACAACAGUGCGCAGAGAACUUCAUGGAAUUGGUUUCUAUGGCCGAGCAGCUGAAUCCAAGCCU